CGGACCCAGCGCUCCCGCUCUUGCAGCGGCAGCUCCUCCCUUCUGCCUAGAUGGACAGCGGGGCUCGGGGGACCUGGCUCGGGGCAGAAAGCAGCCUCUUAUAGCCGACACGGAGCAGCCAGCUUCACACCUACCUCCUCGGCCCGCCGCCGGAGCAGCACCCGCCGCGCUACCCGUGGAACCCCGCCGCCCCGCAAUGCCCCUGUGCCUCCUGCUGCUGCUGCUGCCUGCAGCCGUUUAUAAAGGCACUCUUGGGGAAGCCCAUUUUAGAAAUCGAAGAGGAAUACUUGAAUUAGCUGGAGCCAUUAGAUGUACUACAGGUCGAUCUCCUUUUGCCUACUUACGCUACGGAUGCUACUGCGGUCUGGGAGGAAGAGGAUGGCCCAAGGACAGAGUAGACUGGUGCUGCUUUAACCAUGACUGCUGCUACGGCAAGGCAGAACAAGCAGGUUGUCAGCCCAAGAUAGAAAGUUACCACUGGGAAUGUGAAGACAACACUGUUGUGUGUGAAUCAUUAGAAGACAAAUGUCAAAAAAUGGCGUGUGAAUGUGACCGUGAAGCUGCCAAAUGCUUUUCUAAAGCUCCCUAUCAUACAAAACACCUUUUAUGGCCAGACUUUAUGUGUGGUGAGAUUCAGCCUUUGUGUAGGUAUUAGAUAUAUGACAUCAGACUUCAUGAAAUAAAUUCUGUGUGUAUUUAAAUCUAAAUUACUUUUUUUUUGAGUCACAGUAGUGACAACAAAUGAUUUUCCCCCUUCUUGAUUCUCCUGCCACCUCAGCCUCUCCACUUUAGAAUGGUGAAAGUAAACAUGUACCCUCUAAUUUACCUUCUAUGUCACACAGACUGAAAGGAAGGUCAUCACUUCUGUGUAAGUUCUUACUGACUACACAGAAAUUUGAGGUUUUUGAGUAACUGAUUUAAAAUUAAUUGUUUAUAUCCAGAUUCACAGAUUUUUUAGACUCAUUACAUCAUUCACUGUAAACUCCAUUGGUUGUAAGAUAAAAAUCAAACUUUUAUACAAACAUUUACCUAAAUGUUUGUUAACUUCGAACUGACCAUUAAGAAAGGCAUGAAGUGACAGUGUCAGCACAAAGACCCCUCUCAUCUAUAUUAAAUACUUAUUAUAAAGUC